GGCCCGCGGGGAUGCGGAGCGGCGGGCGCCGGAGGCCGCGGCCCGGCUAGGCCCGCGCUCGCCCGGACGCGGCGCCCGAGGCUGUGGGUGCUGGCUGGGCUCCGGGAGACCCUACUGCGAGAGGAGCGUGAGUGACGCCUGGGCCGCCUCGGCCCGCAGCAGCGCACAGCAUGACCGACGUGGCCAUCGUGAAAGAGGGCUGGCUGCACAAAAGAGCUGCAGGUCCCCGUGCACUGAGCAGACAGGAGGUGACGGCUGGAAAACCGUGCUCAUGCCUGGCAGCGGGGGGCCCUCACCACGUUUCCUUGUCUCACCCAGCCAUUCCAGAAGGUCCUACCUCCCUGCCACUCUCCGAGAAGCUGCCCCAAGCUGCCCUGUCACGUCUUCCUCCUCUGGCUCCUGGCUGUGGCCUCCGGUUUUGUCCUCAGGCUGUGUGCUCUGAGCUAAGUCUGCAGGCCCGAGUCUGGGCAGCUGUUCUGAGGUCCUCCCUGAGGCUGCCAUCCCCGCCCACUUUCCCUACGCCUGAUGGGCUGGCAGUGCCUAGGCUAUUGCCCAGCUCGUGGAGAGCUGCUCUGGCAGAGCCGCUGCUGUGUCCCCAGCCCAUGGACAGGCCGGCCGCACCAGGGGAGUACAUCAAAACCUGGCGGCCCCGGUACUUUCUGCUCAAGAAUGACGGCACCUUCAUUGGCUACAAGGAGCGGCCGCAGGACGUGGAGCAGCGCGAGUCACCCCUCAACAACUUCUCGGUGGCGCAAUGCCAGCUGAUGAAGACCGAGCGGCCCCGGCCCAACACCUUCAUCAUCCGCUGCCUGCAGUGGACCACGGUCAUCGAGCGCACCUUCCACGUGGAGACGCCCGAGGAACGGGAGGAGUGGACGACCGCCAUCCAGACGGUGGCCGACGGGCUCAAGAGGCAGGAAGAGGAGAUGAUGGACUUCCGAUCAGGCUCGCCCAGUGACAACUCAGGGGCCGAGGAAAUGGAGGUGUCCCUGGCCAAGCCCAAGCACCGUGUGACCAUGAACGAGUUUGAGUACCUGAAGCUGCUGGGCAAAGGCACGUUUGGGAAGGUCAUCCUGGUGAAGGAGAAGGCCACAGGCCGCUACUACGCCAUGAAGAUCCUAAAGAAGGAGGUCAUCGUGGCCAAGGAUGAGGUGGCACACACACUUACAGAGAACCGCGUCCUCCAGAACUCCCGGCACCCCUUCCUGACGGCCCUGAAAUACUCCUUCCAGACCCACGACCGCCUGUGCUUCGUCAUGGAGUACGCCAACGGUGGCGAGCUCUUCUUCCACUUGUCGCGGGAGCGGGUGUUCCCUGAGGACCGGGCACGCUUCUAUGGGGCAGAGAUCGUCUCGGCCCUGGACUACUUGCACUCGGAGAAGAAUGUGGUUUACCGUGACCUCAAGCUGGAGAACCUCAUGCUGGACAAGGACGGACACAUCAAGAUCACCGACUUUGGGCUCUGCAAGGAGGGCAUCAAGGAUGGUGCCACCAUGAAGACCUUCUGCGGGACACCCGAGUACCUAGCCCCUGAGGUGUUGGAGGACAACGACUACGGCCGCGCUGUGGACUGGUGGGGACUGGGCGUGGUCAUGUACGAGAUGCUGUGCGGCCGGCUGCCCUUUUACAACCAGGACCACGAGAAGCUGUUCGAGCUCAUCCUCAUGGAGGAGAUUCGCUUCCCGCGCUCGCUCAGCCCUGACGCCAAGGCCCUGCUCUCAGGGCUGCUCAAGAAGGACCCCAAGCAGCGGCUUGGAGGGGGCCCCGAGGACGCCAAGGAGAUCAUGCAGCACCGCUUCUUUGCCAGCAUCGUGUGGCAGGAUGUGUACGAGAAGAAGCUCUGUCCACCCUUCAAGCCCCAGGUCACGUCGGAGACGGACACCAGGUAUUUUGACGAGGAGUUCACGGCCCAGAUGAUCACCAUCACGCCACCCGACCAAGACGACAACAUGGAGUGCGUGGACAGCGAGCGGAGGCCCCACUUCCCCCAGUUCUCCUACUCGGCCAGCGGCACGGCCUGAGGGCCAGCCCCGCCGUGCUGGUGGGCGCAAUGUGGACUGCCACACUCCUCGUGGACCGGGAGGAAGCCUGCAUGGACCAUCUGUAUUUAACGUUUUCCUCACUGGCUGCCUUUGGAGGAACCACGCCCUCCUCAGCACGGCUGGGGACAUCUGGGGACAUCUCAUGCCACUGGCAGGGCUGUGCAUCUUCGAGGCGGUGGCUUCCCGGCCGUCCGGCAAUUGGGAGGAAGGUUGUCCUGCGGUUUUUCUUAAUUUAUUUCAUCCAGUUCUCCAGACAAGGCCUCGGCCUUCAGAACGAUGAGAUUCACGGAGGAGACGUUGAGGACUCCUGCAGCCACGUGCAAUUGGGGGUCCGGGUGGGCCCCGCCCUGGGCCCCUCAAUCCCUCCACCAGCUGUCCCUGGCUGUCACCUUCUUGGCCCAGCCCGGAGGCACCAAAAGCAGCCCGGGCGAGGCCUGCUGGCCUGCUCCCUUCUCUGUCGGGUGGGGGCAUGAGGCAGCCCCGUCCCGUGGCCGAGAUGGGGCCUGCGGCAGGCGGGGCGGGGGUGCAACCCUGGAGAGGGGGCAGUUGAAAUCUUGCUGUGCAUUUGGGGGGGUUCAUCUUAGAAAAGAACGCCCCUCUUCCCCUCCCCUCCUUCCCCUCGGGAGGCCUCACCUCGAUGGCUGCCCCAGCAGCACUUGACCUUUGUACAAGCUUCACUCUCCCCAGCGCGCCAGCCCCUGCCCAGCGCUCCUGCGUCCUCCGCACACUGCGCUGCACCGUGGCGGUUUUUUUUUUACAUUCAACUUUAGUAUUUUUACUAUUAUAAUAUGAGACUUUCCCUCCAAAUUCUUCAAUAAAAAUGGCUUUCCAACUUU